AUGGAAGCAUAUGAAACUGCUCAACGAAUGGAACAUUUACCUGAAAUGACAACUAGUAUGGGUGCUAUUGGCCUAUUGUAUGAAAAUCAAAUGGACUAUGAUACUGCACUGAAUUAUUAUUAUGAGCAGUAUAACAUUCAUGAAAAAGCAUUAGCAUUAGAGCAAAACUUUAUUACGGAACAAUAUCUUUUCAUUGAUCUAAUGCAAAUUGUUGAAUCUUAUAAGAACAAAGGUGAUUUAAAAAUGGCUUUUAAAUUUUGCCAAUAUAAAUUAGCUUAA